AUGAUGCAUCCCACACCACCACCUUCGAUCCCAUUUGGUGAUAUCGACAGUUACAAGUACAGGAGAGAUGCAGAAUUUAGAAACGUUGAGGCUCCACAAUCAGAGGAUCCAGAAUAUGUUGAGCACAUCGAACAAACAAAAUCACAUCUGCCAGAGAAUUUAACCGAGACCGAGGAGGAACAAGAGAAACAUUGGUUUAUUGGUAGCAUUGAUCAAGGCACAACUUCCACAAGAUUCAUCAUCUUCAAUGGUCAAGGACAACCAGUGGCAAUGCACCAGCAUGAAUUCGAGAACAUGUAUCCCGAGUCCGGAUGGCAUGAACAUGACCCUCAAGAGUUGGUCAACUCGGUGGAUGAAUGUAUAGACAAGGCAACAGAGAAGUUCCUCGAAUUGGGAUACAAGAAGUCCGACAUCAAAGCCAUUGGAAUUACCAACCAACGUGAAACCACCAUCUGCUGGGAUACAAACACUGGGGAACCACUAUACAAUGCCGUUGUCUGGCCUGACACCCGAACCACAGCUCUUGUGCGCGAGCUUAAGGAUUCCGAAGGAGCGGACGAGAUCCUUCAAUUGUGCGGUCUGCCACUAUCCACAUACCCAUCGAGCGUUAAGCUCAUGUGGAUGUACCGAAACGUUGAAGCCAUCAAGAACGCAUACGACGAAGGCAGAUUAUCUUUCGGAACAGUUGACUCUUGGUUGAUCUACAAGCUCAAUGGAGGAAAGGAAGGUGGCAUUCAUGUCACAGACACCACAAACGCUUCUAGAACUAUGUUCAUGAACCUUCACACAUUACAAUACGAUGAUAAACUCCUCAACUUCUUCCAACUCGACAGAAAGAACGUCACUCUCCCAAAAAUUGUUCCUUCCUCUGACAAAGAGGCCUUUGGUAAACUUGCAUAUGGUGCUUUGAAAGGUACCAGAAUCACUGGCUGCUUGGGAGACCAAUCUUCCGCCUUGGUUGGUCAAUGUGGCUUCAAACCUGGUCAUGCAAAGAACACCUACGGAACUGGUUGUUUCCUUCUCUACAACGUUGGCACCAAACCCGUAGUAUCAAAGUAUGGUCUUUUGGCUACUGUCGCAUACGAUUUUGGUAAUGGCAGAAAACCAGUCUACGCUCUUGAGGGUAGCAUUGCUGUUGCAGGCUCUGGUGUUAAAUUCUUGAUGAACAACUUGGGUUUCAUUGCACACUCUAGCAAGAUCACUGAAUUGGCAGAGACUGUUGAUGACAAUGGUGGUGUGGUAUUUGUUACUGCCUUCUCUGGUCUCUUCGCCCCAUACUGGAUUGAUGAUGCCAAGGGAACACUUUUCGGUAUCACUCAACACACUCAACGAGGUCACAUUGCCCGUGCUACCCUCGAAGCUACCUGUUUCCAAACCAAAGCCAUCCUCGAUGCUAUGGAGAAGGAUUCCGGACACAAAUUGGAAGGACUUGCCGUCGAUGGUGGCAUGUCUAACUCAGACCUUUGCAUGCAAACACAAGCUGAUAUCCUCAACAUCCCAAUCAACAGACCUGUUAUGCGCGAAACCACUGCUCUUGGUGCAGCAAUUGCAGCGGGUUUCGCAGUUGGUAUCUGGAAGGAGUUCGAUGAACUCAAGGAAAUCAAUCGCGAUGACCGAACCAUCUUCGAGCCAAAAGUCAAGCCUGCAAAGGCUGCACGCAUGUUCAAAAAGUGGGAGCAAGCAGUUGAGAUGAGCAGAGGAUGGGUGAUACAUGCAGAGGAUGAGAACAACGAUGACGUUGAUUAA